AUGAUAGCAGCUUGCUGCGACAUUGCAAUUGCAAACCGGCCGCCAAGCACCCAGAUCUCAAUCUUUUCUUUGUUCCCAGUCAUGCCUACUUUAAAUAAAUUUCGUGCUAUGGUGAAAAAACGGGGAUUAAGAAGAACAUGUACUUUGGAUGAGAUCAGUAAAGAUAUCUCUUUUUUACAUCCCCCUCCGAAUGGGGGCUGGGGCUGGGUUGUAGUCUUAGCUGCUGCUACUCACGGCUUGCUUGUUGGUGGAUUUCAUAGCGCCUUUGGUGUUUACAUGAUGCCCCUUCUUGACACUUUUAAAUCAAGUAACUCACAGAUAGCUUGGAUUGGAUCUAUCAGCUAUGCUUUCAUUAUGAUAUUUGGUCCUGUUUCUGGAAAACUUCUGGUGAAAUAUGGAGCUAUAAAAGUGGCGCUAAUUGGAAAUCUAGUUACCAUAGGUGGUCUAGUGUGGUCAUCAUAUACUCAUAAUUUACCAAUGCUGUUUUUCACUCAUGGAAUCAUUGUUGGUGUAGGAUCAAGUCUGGCCUACACUCCAGGGAUGAUAAUGGUUAGCCUUUACUUUACUACAAGGCGUUCAUUUGCCACUGGAUUAGUGAUGGCCGGAGGAGCUGCAGGAAUUUUCGUACAGAAUAAACUUCAAUAUUAUUUAAUUCAGAAUCUUGGAUGGAGAGAUAGUUUGCGUGUAUAUAGUGGAAUUCUAUCCAUAUGUAUUAUAGCUGGAUUUGCAUACAAGCCUCUUCAAAAACAUAGAGCUCAUCCAAGUGUAGUUGAAAAAUUUAAAACAUCGCCACUAAGAGGCUUUAUAGUUGAUUUAGGUUUAUGGAAAGAUCGUAUUUUUGAGGUAUGGGUCAUUUCUCUUGGAUUAGCAAAAUUUGGAUUCUACAUACCUUUUGUGCAUAUGAUGAAACUUGCAGGUGAUUUGGGUAUUCCUUUGGAAAAAGCAUCCUAUAUUAUGGUAGGACUUGGAGUAAGCAGCAUGAUUAGUUCUCUUCUGUUUGGAAAAAUUUGUGAUAUUGAAAAUAUCGACCGACUUUAUAUUAAUCAGGCAUCCAUAUUAUCUGUUGGUGUGGUCUACUUUAUUAUUCCUCAUUGCACAUCUUUUGGCGCUCUUGUAGCCAUUUGCUCCCUUUUGGGAUUUUUUGAUGCAGGAAACUAUGUUCUCCUACCUGUCCUUACAUUUGAUUUGAUGGGAGCAGAGAAAAUGCCUAUUGCUUGGGGGUUUAUGAUGGCUGUCAAUGCAAUUAGCUGUUUUGGUCCACCCUUUGCAGGUGCAAUGUAUGACAUGUAUGGCAGUUAUACUAUUGGCUUUGUAGUAACCGGGGUUUGCAAUAUUGCAGCAGCUGGCAUACUCGCUUUAAUACCCUGGUUGCAAAGAGAAGCAAUCCAGGCAACAAAAAACUACAUUAAUGCUUCUGUAUGUGUAAUAACCAAUACCAUAGUGCCUUGGCAAUCUCCAAGUCCUUCAUUAGGGUGUGAAUUCUGUACCAGCCUGAUCUUUGAUAGGCAUUUUAUCACAAUGACCCUUUCAUGUCAUUAG